GCGCCGCCCUUUCGGCGCGAGCGGCAGCGGCGGCGUCGGUUUCCCCCCCGGUCCCAGGCGCGGCCAUGGCGGAGCAGGCCAUCUCCUUCCUCAAGGACUUCCUGGCGGGCGGCGUGGCCGCGGCCAUCAGCAAGACGGCGGUGGCGCCCAUCGAGCGGGUCAAGCUCCUGCUGCAGGUACAACACGCAAGUAAACAAAUUGCUGCUGAUAAGCAGUACAAGGGCAUCAUCGAUUGCGUCGUGCGUAUUCCAAAGGAGCAAGGAGUGCUGUCCUUCUGGCGAGGGAAUCUGGCAAAUGUCAUCAGAUACUUCCCAACUCAAGCUCUCAACUUUGCCUUCAAGGAUAAGUAUAAGCAAGUGUUCCUGGGAGGAGUAGACAAACACACUCAGUUCUGGAGGUAUUUUGCUGGUAACCUGGCCUCUGGUGGUGCAGCUGGAGCCACUUCCCUCUGCUUUGUCUACCCCUUGGAUUUUGCAAGAACCCGUUUGGCAGCCGAUGUUGGAAAAGCUGGUGCAGACAGAGAAUUCUCUGGUCUAGGGGACUGUCUAGUCAAAAUCACCAAAUCUGAUGGUCUGCGUGGCUUGUACCAAGGGUUCAAUGUCUCUGUCCAGGGCAUCAUCAUCUAUAGAGCUGCCUACUUUGGAAUCUACGAUACAGCAAAAGGCAUGCUGCCAGAUCCCAGAAAUACUCACAUUGUUAUCAGCUGGAUGAUUGCACAGACAGUGACAGCUGUGGCUGGUGUGGUUUCCUAUCCUUUCGAUACUGUGCGGCGUAGGAUGAUGAUGCAGUCGGGACGCAAAGGAGCUGAUAUCAUGUACUCUGGAACGAUUGACUGCUGGCGGAAGAUUGCAAGGGAUGAGGGAGGAAAGGCGUUCUUCAAGGGUGCAUGGUCUAAUGUUCUCCGAGGCAUGGGGGGAGCUUUUGUGCUUGUGCUGUAUGAUGAAUUCAAGAAAGUCAUUUAAGCAGCCUAACUAGAAUUUGAAAUCAAGUUGAGCAGAUCAUGUAGAAUAACUACCAUUAUGGACCAUUGACCUUCAAGAAAUUCCUGUGAGUCUUAUUUAUCGGAGCCAGAUGAUAUUUGUAGAUGGGGCUAGAAACUGACAUACAGAACUGAUCCAUUUCAUGGUAACCUGUGUGAAGACACUGAAUCUGGUAGUUCAGUGUGGUGACUUGUUUCAGCAAUGAGAAAUCAGCGUCACUGGUUCAGGGUCCAAAGUGGCUGGGUCCAAGUUAGGUAGAAAAGCAUUGUAUGGCUAUGGAUCAGUCCCCAGUUUCAAGUCCUAUCUUUUUUAGGACCAUAAAAUUGUCUUUGAAAGUACUUGCUAACAAAUCAUUAUUUUCCACUUGUACUGAAGCACUAUGUACCAUUUUGCACAGCUGAACAUCUAGCAAUUUUGUUCUUAAAUUGGGGCAUUCUGCUGUAAAACAAUAAACAUACUUACUCUGUCUGUGUUGAAAUUAUUACAUCAAAGCUUUGGGAAAGCCUCUUUUUGAAAACUUGUUUCGGAUAAUGGUUCAUCUGAUACACUUACACUGCACUACAACAGAAUAAGCUUGAUUUUAUUAACAUAAUCGAAUGUGAGAACUUUGAGGAAAAAAGCCUAGGUUGUACUAGUAGAAACCACUCCCAUUCUUUGUGCCUGAUUGUGUAUGAUGGGCUGCUGCAAGUGGCUUUUUGCAUGAUUCUUAAAAAUUGAUUUGCAGCUUUUCAUGUGAUGUAAAAUGAGGGGUUUUCUGUUGUAGCACUAAAAGAACCCAGAGUUCCAGGGGCAGUGAAAAAGUGAUGCUCUUGCCUUUGGUGAAACAACUUAAAAUGGAAUAUAUAUUUUAAGUUAAUAAAGAAAGCAACACAUGCCAUUCAUGCAAAAACCCAGGAACCCAGUUAAAUGCCUUUAAUGUUUGAGUGACCCGUCUACUGUAUUGUUGCUGCUAUUUGGAAAUGCUGAUCGUGCCACUCAAGAUUGUGUUUGGCCUGAUCUCUAGCAGUGGUCAGUACCUCUGUGGAAGAUAGAUUUAAUCUGAAAUGAAGCUCAGUUUUAGAGGUGCAGUUGUUCAGGGUAUGUGACAGGGAGUAUGCAUGAUCCUGUGUAGCUUUAAAAUAGAGGUAAUGGUAGGUCAGCCUUUAAUAAUAACUGAAUAGUAUCUGCUUUCAAGGGUUGUCUGAAGGCUAAAAACAAGUAGUACAUUAUCUCAAAUGGCAGUGUGAGGAAUUAAAUCUGUGAUCUUCAUAUGCGUGUAUAUAAUCUUGCUUUUGUACUCUGUAAUCUACAAGGAUGUGGGGAGACCAGUAAAGGAAGACAAGGUGUUCAUCUUCCAGUUAUGUUCUUAAAAACUAGCCCUGUGUCUGAAAGAAACGGUGUCAUUGUAUGAGUCAUUGAAGGCUGGCUGAGCUGAGGGGUUUUUUGUGCCUUCUGAGGUUGCUACUCAAGAUGAGGUAUUUAAAUUUACUACAUGGCUUCGUCUGAUUAUUUGGCUCCAACAUGAUGUUCCUUGACACAAGCACUGCUUUCAACAUCUUUACAUGAAUGUAAGUACAUUACGUAGCUACUUUGUACACAGGCUAAUGGCAAACUUUAUGUACCUACUGCAGGUGUUUUUUUCUUUUAUCUUGUUCAGUAAUGGUAGCUCUUGUGAUGUGAGCAGGCCAUUUGAUGUUGACCUUGCCAAUCAAGCUGCUGUUUCAGUUGUAAUUAUGCUGAUUGGGGGGGGGGGAGGGGCCUGGAAAAGGUUGCCUGUAUAAAUAGGUUGUGUAGGUUUACUUUCUACAUCAGUGGCUUGAAAGGUAGAGAUAAAGCACCUUGCAUAACGUUACCAUGAGUGCAUGGUGGCCUGGCUUUGUGAGGAAGAACCAAGCAUGACAAUUACUAGAGAGCAGUUCUUGAGCAGGGGGAUGACAAACCUCAUCCCCCCACUACAGAAUUUGCUUUUAACCAGAGGAAAUAGGAAAGAAAUCGAUGUAAGUGUGGGUUGUUCUGUAAGUGGAACUGCAAUUAGCUAUGCUGUGCAUUUUAGCAUGUACUACUCGGUGUUCAUUUUUCUAGUAUAUUGCUUCCCUUAGUCAUGCAGCAGAAAUUUUCAUUGUGAUUAUGCAGUGUGGGAACAUAAGAGGCAAACAAUAAAUGACUUUUAAAAAAA